CAUUCAUUUAUUUCAGCACCAUGGGUCUCUUCUCAAAGUCAUUCGACCCAGUCACUGACCUCCCAGACUUGUCUGGUAAAGUCAUACUUGUUACAGGCGGAAACAGAGGUAUCGGCUACUCGACUGUGAAGCACCUGGCACGUCAUGGUGCCAAGGUGUACAUGGGCGCACGCAACCAAAGCAAGGCAGAGGAGGCGAUCGCACAAUUGAAAGCAGAGGGACUGGGUCCUGGGAACGGCGAUGUUAUCUGGUUGGACCUCGAUUUGAAGGACCCUCGAAAUGCGAAGGAAGCGGCAGAGGUAUUUAUGAAGCAGGAGAAGAGAUUGGAUGUUCUAAGUCAGUCGACUGAGACUUACGCCAUAACGCCAGAUGGAAUUCAGGAGACACUGGUGGUCAACGUCAUCAGUCAUAUCGUCCUGACACGCACCCUUCAACCGCUGCUGGACCAGACAGCAGCAGAACCAAAUUCAGACGUUCGCAUAGUCGUCGUCACUUCAUGCGGCCACCGGUUUGUACCAGGGAAACCUCGUUUCCGUAACCUUGAUGACCUUAACACCGAGCCCAAGAGUUGGUUUUCACCCAGCUUCGCGCGGUAUUGCAUGUCGAAACUCAUGAAUAUACUCUACGCUUCUGAACUUCAGAGACACCUCACCGCUGUUGGCUCUCCCAUCACCGUUAUCGCCGUUCACCCUGGAUCAGUCGACACCAUCCGCCCUAAACCACCCCUAUCCCGCAUCCAGCUCAUCAUCAUAUCCAUCGUGUCCCACUUCAUUUUAAGUCCAGACCAGGGUGCAUAUACCUCGGCGUUUGCAGCUGCGUCGGAAGAAGUCGCCAAGCAGCGCGAGAAGUAUAAGGGCAUGUAUUUGAUACCGUUCGGCAAGAUAACGGACCCGACGAAGGUGGCGAGGGAUGAGGGGCUUGCAAAGGAGCUUUGGGAUACUGUGGAUAAGUUUUUGGAGGAGAAGGGGAUUUGAUGGAUGUUUUGUUUUAUUGAUGAGUUGAACAGCCGUACCUCUAAGAGGUGUUGAACGGACAAGGAUGUUAAUCUGGGCACUAAAAUAUGAUGGAACAAUCAUCCCUGUUGAUGCAUGGCACUGGUGCCCAUCCAGCCUGCGCGCUUUCCCUCUCCUUUUUAGUACAUCUUUGCAUCGUGUUUUACAUCUUACUGUAUGCCAUUUCUACAUCAUCAAUUUGUUGGCCCUUCGUCUGUUG